AUGAAGCUGGCUCUCCCAUUGACAAUCCUUUCCUAUGCCUUGGCUGCUGCUGCCAUUCCUGUCAACAAGAAGCGUCAAGAUGCUGACCCUGAGGCUGAUGCUAUUGAGACCAAUGGUCCUCUUCCGUCUGGUACGGAAACCUAUGGUGAUACCGAAUUGGCAUACAAUACAACCGAUUAUCCUGAUUCUGUUGAAGCUGCCUUGAAUGGCACCCGUGCAGUAGCCCUUGCCGCUGUCCGUGAACCAACCGCUCAGGAAGAAGAAAUGAUUACUUACUACAUGACCUUGGCCGGUGCUGCUUACUGCUCGAGCGUAAUGAGUGGAACUUGGGCGUUGUGCUUACGCUGUGGUGAUGUCCGUCAUACCGAGAUCAUCGAAACCUUUGAUACGCUUAUUCACGAUACGAACGCUAUGGUGGUUCGCGAUGAUGAAUCAAAGACCAUUGUUGCCGUUUUCAGAGGUUCCGCGUCCCUUCAAAACUGGGCUGCUAACUUGGAUGCCACGCUGACUAAUUACCCCGCCGGUGGUCGUGUCCAUAACGGAUUCUAUGAGAGCUACGAAGAUGUCGCUGACGAACUUACUGCUGUUGUCUUUGACCAGCUUGAACAAUACCCCGACUACUCGGUUGCCACUGCUGGUCAUUCGCUUGGUGGUGCUACUUCUCUCUUAUGUGGUCUUGAUCUCCAUCAACGAGGUAUUCCUGCUGAUAAGAUUUCCAUUCACACAGCAGGUGCUCCUCGUGUUGGUAAUACCGCAUUCGCCAAUUACAUUAUCGACACUGGUAUCUAUUACACUCGUCUCACUAACAAGCGUGAUCUUAUUCCCCAUGUUCCCUCAACCACAAUGGGAUUCAUGCAUGCCGGAGAGGAAUACUGGAUCCGCAGCGAUGACACCAUGCAAGUAUGCGAAAACGGUCUUGAGACACCUGAUUGCGCUAACUCUACUCCUCUCUUUACCAACAUGGCCGAUCAUCUUGAUUAUAUGGGUCUGCUCGGUCUUUGCCUCUAA